AUGCUAUACCGCGGGGGAGCCGCGAGCGAUAUCGCUCGCCUCUCGCUGCGACCUCGCAAACGUCUUGCGCUAUAUCGCUCUUUGAAAAAUUUUUCUUCAAAGAUGUUUUUUUCUUGAAUUUGAGUGAUUUCAACAUAAAAGACAAAAAUAAAGCAAAAAAAAUUUUUUUUUAAUUUCAAAAUUUUGAGAGGGCGCGAUAUGGCAGCGAGAAUUUGACGAGGUCGCAGCGAGAAGCCUUGGCUAUAUCGCCUGCGGCCCGCUGCGAUAUCGGCAAUUAUGUUGGGUGAAGACCGUAUACCAAAUUAGAUCAAAUUUCUGCUUUUAUAACGGCAAGAAACACAGGUCGCGAAGCGAAAGUUGGUUAAAUUUGACCUGGCCUUUUGGCGAAAAGAAAAAAGUGACAAGCUGGCGCGGAAUGGCCUAUAGCCGCCAUCGCCAGGGGCGCUUGUUCAGAUCGGACUGUUCGAGCUGUGGUCCAUUAACUUCUUAAGACUUCUUCUAAUAAGAUUUAAUUUAUUUAAAUCUAGAUAUCGGAUAGUAUUUCCAUAAUACUCGAGAGGGCAAACUUCCAUUAAGAUUUAUUUAUGCCGUGUUCGAAGUGAUUUUCGCGAAGUUCAAAAUCAUCUCUGACUCCAAAACCAAAAUUUUGUAAUCUUUUUCACUGUCUGACAGCUAUUUUAAGUUUCGCCGGAUCACUUUGAACACGGCAUCUAAUUCACGCCUACUUCCAAAAAAUGUCAUUUUCAAGUAAAUUUUAUCAAUCGGAUGAUUCGAACGUUCGCAUAAAUUGAAAGGUGCAAAAAUGAAACGUGUUCUGAUUAUCUUUAGUGCGAUUAUUAUUUUUGUUGCAAAUUAUUCAAAUCGCGCUUGAGUAUAAUCGCUUCACUCAAUAUUUGUUAGAUAACUUUUGAUAUAAAAAUAAUUACAUCGAGAAAUUGAAUGAGUUACUUCAAAUUUGUGAGUUAGUCGUUUUAGCACCAGCAGCGUUGCAGGUGUUGAAAAGAGUUUUUAAGUAUCGCUAAACGCGGCGCGGCACGCGAGCGGUCAAUGUGCCCACAGGCAAAGACCGGUUGCGUUGGUUGAACAGGGCAUGCAAACAAGCUACGGGAAGGAAAACUUUUUGUUUCUCUGCCAUUUCCCUUCCCUUUUUCUUAACGGUUCAUUCUCGCGGUGGAAUUUUUGAUAAAGGUGAUGUAUUUGACUUUGCGAAAUAUGGUUGCGAAAUACUUACUGAUUUUCUUAUUAAUAUCAUUAUUUCAUUUUCUCUUUCAGAAUUUUCGUGGUUCGCGUCGUUUGAUUGAUUAACUGUCCGUCUCGAUUGCUCAAAAAACAUGAGUGACGAUUUGAGUGCGUUCUUUGCCAAAAAGAAAGAUAAGAAGAAGAAGGGAGCCGUUAAAAUAGAAGACGUCGGACAAGUGUUGGAGCGGAAAGCGCGUCGUCAGGUCAUUUUUAUACGUGAAGAAAUUGACAUAGCCUUACUCACUUAUUUCCAACUCAUAGAAGGGGGUGUUUUCUUUUUUUUGAUGUUGAGAACUAAUUUUUCAUACAUUGCGAGAAAUUUUUUGAGCGAGAAUCCGAAAAACGGAAUUUUUUGGCAGAUCAGAUUUUUUUUAUUGAUACUAUAUAUUGUUGCAGGAGGAAUACGAUCAACAGAGUAUUGAUGGAGGAGACAAACGAGGGGGUGAAGAAGACGGUAAACGCGUGAAUAAUAACACCGAAGAAAGCGAGUGGAUUGAAUAUGGUGACAGUAAUCAAGGAAGGUUAGUUUUUUUUUACGUUCUUAGAACGGAAUAAGAUAAGAGAAUUAAUAAUUUCCAUCUUUUUAGUGGCUCGAAAAUUAUCAGAAAUUGAGGAAAUACAGUAGGGAUUUCAGAUAUUUGUUUCGUAUCCAGGUAGGAUUUUAGGUGGUAUGAAAAAAACACCGGUGAAAAUUCAAACGGCGACUUUUCCGAUUUUUUCAUAUCGCUAGGGAACUUUCCGACGGCCACCUUUCCGACGAAACUUUUUCCGACUUUUUUUUCUCGAUAAACUCUUCGUUUUACAUCUUCCUAUAUAAAGUAGGUAGUUUGUUCAUAAUUAAAACACAAAGAAAUAGGAAAAAAAUGUUCAUAGAUGUUUUAUAAACCGAAAAGCAUAAGGGAAAAAAAAGUCGGAAAGGUGGCCGUCGGAAAGUUCCCUAGCGAAAUGAAAAAAUCGGAAAAGUCGCCGUUUGAAUUUUCGCUGGUGUUUUUUUCAUACCACCGGAUUUUGAACCAAAAGUUCAUUUUAUUUGCUUUUUGAACCUUCUUAUUUACAAGAAUCAUUCGCCAAUCAGUUAGAAUAUCAACAUGUUUGAGUGGCUACCCAGAAUCAUGUAAUAAAUACUCAUAAAGUGUUUGAAAAUUUUUUAAACAUUAUGCCGCGUUCAAAGCUAAUUUGACGCGCGCAGCGAAAAAGUUUUUCUGGUUCAAAAGAACGAGCCGAAACGCAGCGAAAAGCAGCAGAUUCCCUCGACGUGAUUAGUUGGCUCCGCCUUUUUGGCAAAAAGUCCAAUUCAAAUUUAUUUUCAAAAUAUUUUUUUCUUGCCAGCUGUGCGGUGCCAACCAAUCACGUCGAGGGAAUCUGCUGCUUUUUCGCUCGUUCUUUUGAACCAGAAAAAAACUUUUUUCGCUGCGCGCGUCAAAUUAGCUUUGAACUCGGCAUUAAUGUAAAAUUGAUAUGAUUUUAAAAUUUUGAAAGUUUUGUAGACUCGAAGGAUUGCGUAUCAAAGACAUGGGAGUUGAAGCUGAGUCUGUUGAAGUGGAGAACAAUGACAGUGAUGAAGGCCGCGAGGCUCAUGAAACACGCACCUGGGGCCAACCUGACGAGGUUUUUCCGUAGAUUAAAUAUUUUGAAAACAAUGGUUCUGUUUAGCAGAAGAAGAAAGAGAAAGAAGAGCCGGAGCACGCGGUUUCGAUGUCAGAUAAACAGAUGGCUGCUGCUUACAAGCCUCCAGCUCAACGCAAAUAUGUUCCACCAACGCAAAAAGUACUCACUUGAUGGCUUUCACAAAAGUCGUUUGCAUUCAGGUUGCUCCCAUUGAUGUCAUGAGCGAUGCUCUUUUUCCUUCACUUGCCGAUGCUAGUAAAAUCGAGAAAACGAAAAAAGAAGAGUCAAAAGCCGGUGGAGGAUGGUUCGUUCAUUUUCAUUUUCGUUCAUUAGUUUCAGCUUAUUUAAAUUAUUGUAAUUUCACUGUGAAGUUUUCAAAAAUUUGCAAACUCGAUCGAAAAAAAGCUUUGUAGAGCUCUUUAUGCGGCCGAAUUUAGUCCUUUCAUAGAUAUGAGUAGAGGUGUUAAAAAGUUAAAGCUUUUUUUCCGCUCUUCAAUUCAUGAGAUUCGCCUAUCUUUAAUUAUUCCCACAGCUGAUCUUCCAGGACGAAAGCGGGCGCAACUCCGGCAGAGAUUCGUGCUUCAUCAGGCCCACGUGUCUUUGGAAACACUACGAUAAACACCACGACGGGUACCGGCCGAGACAGCGCCUUGGCCGCAGUCAAAGUGAGCUUCAUAAUUUUGAUUCGGACUAUUACUUUCUUCAGGCAAUGGCCGCGCUCAAUUCGACACCAGCUCCUGUGCGCCAGCCAGAACCAGUGCUUACUGCGGCUCCCGCGGCAGAAAAAGGCCCAAGUAAAUACAUCCCCCCUCAUCUAAGAGCAAAAAAUUAG